AUGUCCAGCCCAUGUCUGAGGAGGAGAAGUCUUACUUCAGUAAGUACGAGAGGUUACCAACUGAAGGCUCACAUAGUCCGAAGAAUCGGGGCUCCUUUUCCUCUCGCGACCACUCUCAUCGACGAACUGAUUAUGACUCAAAAAGGCCUUUCAAAGAACAUUCCUCGCAAGAGUCACUAG